AUGCGAAAUCUUAACAUCGUGGGUAGAUCGCUCCUGCGAUUUGCCGGAGAGGAGCCACUUCCGCUAACUGCGACUGCCUGGGACGCCGCCUCAAAUGCACUGGUAUGCGCCUUCGGUCCCUCUGAAUCACGUGCGACCAUCGAACUUAAAAGACUGCAUCACACACGUACCAGUGGUGAGGAAAAGCUGGAGAGUAUUGCAUCGUGGGAUGCGCCAUGUCCACUGCCCUCGCUUACCCAUGACUCAAUCCUGAGUCUGCACCACUUUGCCGAUACGGCUACAACAUGUCUAAUACUGGCCGGAGGAGACAUUGUUCUCGUCAGAGAAAAUCAAAUUUCUACCGAAGAGCUUGUUGAAAUCGUAGGCUCGGUUGACGUUGGAAUUUCUGCAGCCGCAUGGUCGCCUGAUGAGGAACUCCUUGCCAUCACCACACUCGCGGACACAUUAUUAUUGAUGAGUCGCGAUAUCGAAAACAUAGCAAGCCUCAACCUCACUCCGGAAGAUGUCAAUGCAUCCAGUCACGUGUCUGUGGGAUGGGGAAAGAAAGAGACGCAAUUCAAAGGCAAACGUGCAAGAGCACUUCAGGAUCCUACUGUACCAGAGACGGUCGACGAGGGCGUACUGAGUCCUUUAGAUGAUCGUUCCAUUACCAUCAGCUGGAGAGGCGAUGGUGCCUGGUUUGCGGUGAGCAAAGUCGAAGAGGAACGUCGUCGCAUGAUCAGAGUAUAUUCCCGCGAAGGACAGCUAGACAGUGUUAGCGAGCCCGUUGAUGGUCUUGAGGGAGCUCUUAGCUGGCGGCCAUCAGGCAAUUUGAUUGCAAGCAUUCGUCGUACCUCCGACAAGAUUGAAGUGGUAUUCUUCGAGAGGAACGGCCUACGACACGGCGAGUUCGACCUUCGAUUCAGCCCUGAAGAGCUUGCUGCCCUCACAACACCUUUGACUCUCAAGUGGAAUAGCGACUCCAACGUACUGGCUGUAUCUUAUCAAAACAAGGUACAGCUGUGGACAAUGAGCAAUUACCACUACUAUCUUAAGCAAGAACUUUCUUUCCCAGAGACUGCAUCACGGACUGUCGCGUGCAACUGGCAUUCUGAGCGCCCACUGGCAGUAGCACUUUCAACUCAUGGCGCCGUCCAAGUAUUGGAGUAUGCUUCUACGAUUUCCGCUGGCUCAGUCGCACCGCCGAACGACUAUGGUAUGGUUGCUUCGAUAGACGGCUUGUCUCUCAAACUUACACCUCUGCGAGUCGCCAAUAUACCGCCUCCAAUGUCACUGCAUACUUUGGCACUUGAAUCAAUACCUGUCAAUGUUGCGCUGUCCAAAUCUGGCAAUCGUUUGGCAGUACUCUCGGACAGCGAUCUUGCAGUAUAUGCUCUUGACUUGGAGAAGCGGCCUGUUCUGAAGCCCGCCUUUCUGUGGAGAAGCGGCGCAGUCAAAGACCACUCACCGCGCCAUGUCACAUUUGCGGGUGAUGGGCAAAUAUUUGUACUAACUGAUUCCUGGGAUGAAGAUGAAGCCUCUCUAUGGCGCUCUGAAGGAGACAUGUUGCUCCCCCAAGGACCUAUUGUGGAGGCUGACAGCACCGCCCUACUACUCUCCAGUGUGGAUCAUGGCAUACUAUACACAGAAUUCCACAACGGUGCAUUGCACCAGGUAGUGAUAGAUGAGACAACAACGGAUCUGCCGCCCCAAAGCACGCUUGUGCACAAAUUUCCUUCAUUUGCGCCCGAAGUCCAGGUUGUCAAAUUCGAAGGACAAACGCUGGCGUUUGGAUUGACUAAGAGCGGAGUGUUGUACGUCAAUGAACAGAUACUGGUUCGCAAUUGCACCUCUUUUGUAGCUACUACUGCGCAUCUCAUCUUCACAACUACCCAGCAUCUACUCAAGUUCGUUCACCUUGCUGAUGCAGACGAACUUGAGGUACCUGCAGACGAACCACAGAAAGAUGAGCGAUGUAGGAGCAUCGAAAGAGGAGCAAAGAUCGUCACAGUCAUGCCCACUACGUACUCUGUAGUACUGCAGAUGCCUAGGGGCAAUCUGGAGACUAUAUAUCCCCGAGCACUUGUGUUGGCUGCGAUUCGUCGAAGUAUCGAAGCGGAACGAUACGACGAGGCCUUCUUUGCCUGCCGUAAUCAGCGCGUUGAUUUCAACAUCCUUCACGACCACGACCCGGAAAGAUUCAUGACAAGCCUCGAAAAGAUCGUUAUGCAGAUCAAGAAGAUAGAGCAUAUCGACUUGCUUCUAGCCCAACUUCGUAAUGAGGACGUAUCUGAAACCAUGUACAAGGAGACGUCGAAGUUGAAAGAUCUCAACAGCAAGUCUCGGCUCUCGCAUGACCAAGUGGAGAACAAAGUCAACCGAAUUUGCAACGCAUUUGUUAUUGUACUGGAGCAGUCUCAGUACAAGGAUGCUCAUUUGCAAAACAUCAUUACAGCUCACGUUUCCAAGACACCACCGGCUUUGGAUACAGGAUUGGUUAUGAUAGGACGUCUGCAAGCAUCUGGAGACCCACUUACAGACAAGGCUGCUGAGCACAUUUGUUUCCUUGCAGAUGUCAAUCAGCUCUAUGAUACAUCACUAGGAUUGUAUAACCUCGAUCUAGCCUUGCUUAUAGCGCAACAGUCACAAAAGGAUCCACGCGAGUAUCUGCCACAUCUACAAUCUUUGCAAGACCUACCCGAAACUCGUCGCAAGUUCAAGAUUGAUGACCAGCUCGGCCGUCGAGCAAAGGCACUCACGCAUCUCAAAGAUCUUCAAGCGUUUGAUGAGGUACAAGACUACGUGCAGAAGCAUGACUUGUAUCCUGAAGCUUUGAGCAUGUACCAGUACGACAACAGCCGCUUGAAGGAAAUCAUGCGUCUAUAUGCAGACUUCUUGAGCACAAACAACAAGAACAAAGAAGCUGCACUAGCUUAUGAAUAUCUCAACGAUCACGCAUCCGCCUGGCCAUGUUACCGGUCAGCCAAUCUUUGGCGUGAAGCGCUCUCAUCUGCUAUCCUCGCAGACGUAGGGACUGAGGAGCUCACAUCUAUUGCCACUGAUCUCGCCGAAGGCCUCACAGAGUCAAAGGACUACCUCGCCGCGUCCACGAUAACACUUGAAUAUCUCUCCGACCUAUCAUCCGCCGCACGCCUCUUAUGCCGCGGCUGCUACUUCUCCGAAGCCAUCCGCACCGUCACACUGCGCCGCGAACCUGACCUCAUAACCUCAGUCGUUGACCCCGGUCUCAUUGAACGCAGUGCAGACAUGACGGAAUUCCUCGCCGAAAUGAAAGGCCAGCUCCAAGCCCAAGUGCCCCGUCUCAAAGACCUGCGUGCCAAAAAAGCAGAAGACCCCAUGGCUUUCUACGAAGGCAUGCUAGACGGCGGUGACGCAAACAUCCCCGACAAUAUCUCCCUCGCCCCUACAGAUACAACUUCAGGCGGCACAUUCAUGACACGGUACACCAAUGCCACUGGCACUGUUAAUACCACCACGACGCGCAAGACAAGCAAGAACAAGCGCCGUGAAGAACGUAAGCGCGCACGAGGCAAAAAAGGUACUGUUUAUGAGGAAGAAUAUCUCACAAACUCCAUCGAACGUCUCAUCGAGCGUAUCAACAGUAUGCAAGAUGAGAUCCAGCGUCUAGUAGAAGGCUUGGUACGGAGGGGUAUGCGCGAACGUGCGGACGCUGUGUCCAACGCCGUUCGUGAAGUUGUAGAGAAAUGUCAGGAUGCCGUCAAAGAGAUGUAUCCGUCUGCAACUGAUGCGGCAAUAGCGACCGAGGGAGCGAAUGGCAUCGUAGGAGUUGGAGCGGAUGGCGAGACGAUGAGACCGACUGGGGGAGAUGCGACGCUUUGGGAUAGUCUACAGGAAGUUGGCAAGAAGAGGGAGGUACCUGUUGUGAAGUUGUUUGAAAGCAUUAGCAUCCCCUUUUUCAUCAAGCGUUACGAGACCAACAUACCGGAGCGCAAGGAUUACAUUGAGGGGAAGGGCGGCAUCGCUCUAUACGGUUAUCGGAGUGGGGACAGCAUACUCUGCACCAGCCUGUUCUUGGGUAGGCGACAGCUGUCGCAGCGCUGA